GGGAGAAACUAUUUGCUCCAAGAUCUCAUCUUUCCAUUCACUCCAUUCAACCAUGGUUUUGAGGCCUGGAUUAUUAUGAAAAAGAGGGAAAAGGCAAGGCGGCUAACAUUAACCUUUCUUCCUUGUGCGAACCAGUGUUCCCAGAUGUGUGGAACUCCCUGGAGCUGGAGCUCUUCACCACCAUCUCUACUUUCUUCCUUCUGAGGAAUCCUGAAACCUCUGUCAUGGAAAAGUACCACGUGUUGGAGAUGAUUGGAGAAGGCUCUUUUGGGAGGGUGUACAAGGGUCGGAGAAAAUACAGUGCUCAGGUGGUGGCCCUGAAGUUCAUUCCAAAAUUGGGACGCUCAGAGAAGGAGCUGAGGAAUCUGCAGCGAGAGAUUGAAAUCAUGCGGGGUCUGCGGCAUCCCAACAUUGUGCAUUUGCUCGACAGCUUUGAGACUGAUAAAGAGGUGGUGGUAGUGACAGACUAUGCUGAAGGAGAGCUUUUUCAGAUCCUAGAAGAUGAUGGAAAACUUCCUGAAGACCAGGUUCAGGCCAUUGCUGCCCAGUUGGUGUCGGCUCUGUAUUAUCUGCAUUCGCACCGCAUCCUCCACCGAGACAUGAAGCCUCAGAACAUCCUCCUUGCCAAAGGUGGUGGCAUCAAGCUCUGUGAUUUUGGAUUUGCCCGGGCUAUGAGCACCAACACAAUGGUGCUGACAUCGAUCAAAGGCACACCACUCUAUAUGUCCCCGGAACUGGUGGAAGAGCGACCAUAUGACCACACCGCAGACCUCUGGUCUGUGGGCUGCAUACUGUAUGAGCUGGCUGUAGGCACCCCUCCCUUCUAUACCACGAGCAUCUUUCAGCUGGUCAACCUCAUUCUCAAGGACCCUGUGCGCUGGCCCCCAGCCAUUAGUCCUUGCUUCAAGAACUUCCUGCAGGGACUGCUCACCAAGGACCCCCAGCAGCGUUUGUCCUGGCCAGACCUUUUACAUCACCCCUUUAUUGCUGGCCGUGUCACCAUAAUAACUGAACCAGCAAGCCCAGACUUGGGCACCCCAUUCACCAGUCGUCUACCCCCGGAACUUCAGGUCCUAAAGGACCAACAGGCACAUCGGCUGGCCCCCAAGGGCAACAGAUCUCGCAUCUUGCAUCAAGCCUGUAAGCUCAUGGCUGAGGAGGCCAAGCAGAAGAAACACCAGAACACAGGACCUGCCCUUGAACAAGAAGACAGGACCAUCACGAUGGUUUCUGGUGUUACCCCACUGCCUAGACUAAGGGCCACUCCUCAGGAACCAGGCCUCUUGGCUGGGAUCAUGGCCUCAGAAAUGAAGAGCGGCUGGGCUGAGUGGGAGGCUGGAGAGGCCUCCCCUGCACCUUGGGAAAACUGGAUCACCGAGGAUAGUGAACGAGCAUUCCAAGAGCUGACGCUAGAGGCGGUGGGCCAGCAGAGCACUGAUGCAGUAGAUCUAGAAAACGAGGAGCCAGACAGCGAUGAUGAGUGGCAGCACCUGCUAGAGACCACCGAGCCUGUGCCCGUCCAGCUGAAGGCCCCACUCACCCUGUUGUGCAAUCCGGACUUCUGCCAACGCAUCCAGAGUCAGCUGCAUGAGGCUGGAGGGCAGAUCCUGAAAGGCAUGCUGGAUGGCGCUUCCCGUAUCCUCCCUGCACUCCGGGUCCUAAGCAGUCUCCUGUCCAGCUGCAGUGACUCUGUUCCCUUGUAUUCCUUCUGUCGUGAGACAGGGCUCCCUGGGCUGCUGCUCAGCCUAUUCAGACACAGCCAGGAGAGCAACAUUAUUCAGCAGCAAUGUUGGUAUGGGACCUUCUUACGGGACCUGAUGGCCGUGAUUCAGGCCUACUUUGCCUGCACCUUCAAUCUGGAGAGGAGCCAGACAGGUGACAGUCUACAAGUAUUUCAGGAAGCUGCCAACCUUUUUCUGGACCUGUUGGGGAAACUAUUGUCCCAACCAGAUGACUUCAAGCAGACUUUGCAGAGGGAUAGCCUUAUGUGCUUCACUGUUCUGUGUGAAGCCAUGGAUGGGAACAGCUGCACCAUCUCCAAAGCCUUUUACUCCAGUCUGCUGACUACGCAGCGAGCUGUGUUGGACAGGCUCCUUCAUGGCUUGACAGUUCCACAGCUCCCUUUCCACCACCCCCCAGGUGCCCCUCAAGUGAGCCAGCCACUGCAGGAGCACAGUGAGGAUCUGCUUGGAGCCAUUUCCUCUGCGCUGGCAGCCAUAUGCAUUGCUCCUCUAGGGCUGCCUGGCUGCUGGGAAGCCAAGGAACAGAUCUCUCGACAUUUGGCAAAUCAGCUCUCUGAAGACAACAACCAACUGAGGCCAUCCCUCAUCUGUGGUCUGCAGCAUCCCAUCCUCUGCCUACACCUUCUUAAGGUUCUCUAUUCCUGCUGCCACGUUAGUGAACACCUGUGCCAUCGUCUAGGGCAAGAGCCCCUAGCCUUGGAGUCACUGUUGAUGUUGGUCCAGGGCAAGGUAAAGGUAGUGGAUUGGGAAGAGUCUACUGAAGUGACACUCUACCUCCUCUCCCUUCUUGUCCUUCGGCUCCAAGAUCUGCCUCCUGGAAUGGAGAAGCUAGGCAGUGAGAUUGCUACUCUCUUUACCCAUUCACAUGUCGUCUCUCUUGUGAGUGCAGCAGCCUGUCUCCUGGUACAGCUUGACCAGCAAGGGGUGACCUUUGACCUCCAGCCUGUGGAGUGGAUCCCUGCAGCCACACAUGCUCUGUCUGCCCCUGCUGAGGUCCGAUUGACUCCACCAGAUGGCUGUGGAUUCUACGACGGCCUACUCGUCCUUCUGCUGCAGCUCCUCACCCAGGUACAGCUGCAUCUUAGGGGGAAGGCUAGCCUGAUAAGGGACAUGGUUAGCUCAGAAAUAUGGACCAUUCUGUGGCACCGCUUCUCCAUGGCUCUGAGGCUCCCUGAGGAGGUAUCUACACAGGAAGAGGAGCUAUCGCUGUCCAGUCAACAUAGCUCAAGCUCAGAGCCAGACUGGACACUGAUUUCACCCCGAGGUGUGGCAGCCAUGCUGAGCCUGGCCGUGGCCACCUUCAACCAGGAGCCUGAGUUAUGCCUGAGUCACCUGUCUCAGCGUGGAAGUAUCCUCAUGUCCACCUUGAAGCAUCUGCUUUCCCCCAGCUUCCUGCAGCAGCUGGGCCAGGCGCCUCACGGGUCUGAGUUUCUCCCCUUCGUGGUGCUCUCUGUCUGCCAGCUCCUCUGCUUCCCCUUUGCCGUGGAUGUGGAUGCUGACCUCCUUGUGGGUAUCUUGGCUGACCUCAUGGACUCAGAGGUCACAGCCCACCUGCUGCAGGUCUGCUGCCACCACCUCAUGUUGCCACAAGUCGAGCUGCCCAUCAGUCUCCUCACACACCUGGCCCUCACGGAUCCCACCUCUCUCAACCAGUUUGUGAACACAGUGGCUGCCUUCCCUAGAACCAUCAUCUCGUUCCUCUCAGUUGCCCUUCUAGGUGACCAGCCGCUGCUGAUCUCUGACCUUCUGUCUCUGUUGGCCCACACAGCCCGGGUUCUGUCUCCCAGUCACUUGUACUUUAUCCAAGAACUCCUGGCUGGCUCCGAUGAAUCCUAUCGGCCCCUGCGCAUCCUUCUGGGUCACCCAGAGAAUUCAGUGCGGGCCCGCACUUAUGGGCUCCUGGGACACUUGCUCCAGCACAGCAUGGCCCUGCGUGGGGCACUGCAGAGCCAGGCUGGACUGCUCAACCUUCUGCUGCAGGGCCUUGGAGACAGGGACCCUGCUGUGCGGCGCGGUGCCAGCUUUGCUGUGGGCAAUGCAGCCUACCAAGCUGGUCCCCUGGGACCCGCCCUAGCAGCUGCAGUGCCCUUUAUGACCCAGCUGCUUGGAGAUCCUCAGGCUGGUAUCCGGCGCAAUGCUGUGUCAGCUCUGGGCAACUUGGGACCUGAAGGAUUGGGGGAAGAGCUAUUACAGUGUCAAGUACCCCAGCGGCUCCUAGAGAUGGCAUGUGGAGACCCUCAGCCAAAUGUGAAGGAGGCUGCCCUCAUUGCCCUUCGGAGCCUCCGCCAGGAGCCCUGUAUCCAUCAGGUGCUGGUGUCCCUGGGUGCCAGUGAGAAAUUAGCCUUGCUGUCUCUGGGGAAUCAGUUACUGCCGCACAGCAGUCCCAGGCCUGCAUCUGCCAAACACUGCAGGAAACUCAUUCACCUCCUCAGGCCAACCCACAGCACGUGAUCCCAGAUUCCUGGGUCCAGCUUCCAACCUUCAUUGACCUACUAUUGCCAACUCUUCCUUUUUGUACUAUACAAGCCGCCAACUCAACUGAGAACUAGAAAGAUUUUAAAAGAGAAAUAAGCUGCCAACUCAACUGAUUUGAGAAUGAAAAACUAGAAGAGAUUUAUGUAUAAAGCCUCCCCUCCCCCAAAUUCAGGAUGAUUUUAACCAGUAAACUUUGUUGCUGUUGGUGCCAGAGAAGAUUCCUUCCUUCCCUACAUCAGGGGUAUUUUCUCCAAUACUGUGCCUUUAACCCCAGGAAUAUGCUUCUUGAACCUUAGGGAAACACCUUCUGCCUGAGAGAUCUCUUCCUCUCUGGAGCUCCUGUAAUCCUCCCAACAGGUUCUGGGUUAGGUGCACUGGCCCAAGGACAAUGAUGAAGACAGAACCUGUGUCAGCUCUAGGCUCUAGGGAUAAAUGCCAUCAGUCCCUGUUGUGGAGGGUUCCCUAGCCCGUAGCCCACAUUCCCAUCCAUGGGAGGGGAUGGGGAGUGAUCUUUUUUUGUUUUGUAAUCUGUUUGUAAACUCUUGUAAUAACUCUUGUAAUAAAAGGUGUGCCUCACCCUA